UUUUGGAACGCUUUCUUGAAAUCAUCCCGCCAAAAUUUCGUGAAAAUUAAAAGCAACAACAUCUCCUCAGCAGCAUUCAUCUUUUCAUCCCCGUUACUAGAUCUCGUUGUUUAUCAAAAACCCCAAUUUCUAAUCAUCACCAGUACAAUUCACAGAUUGUUACACUUUAUACAACAAUUGACACUAGAACACUCAAUUUAUCCAUCGAUUACUUUUUUUUUUACAGUUGUGUAAGAGUUGAGUGACUACUGGAACAGCAAGAUGUAUGGACGAAAGGCUAGUCAACUUUUAAAAGAAUUUGUGAGCGGUGAACCAGGGCAACUCACUGGCUUUAAUAAUGAUCUAUUUGCGCAAGUCAUAGAAGAAUGUGACGGAAAUAUUCUUCAUCUUCAAGCCUUGCUAAGGAAGAUGCAAGAGGAAGGAUCCAACAAUCAGACGAAUAAAAACGCUGAUCAUUUCGGGGCCCUCGUUCAUCAUCUUUCAUUGGUCCGCAACAAGCGAUGUCUCAUGGCUUAUGUGUAUAAUCGAGCAGAAGUUAUUCAAAAUUUGGGAUGGACCAUCAAGCAUGCAGAUCUCCCUGCUGCGGUUAAAGAGAAACUUAGUAUCUCCGAGAAUGAAUAUUUCGGAAAGCAUUCUUCGAAUCUACAAUCGUACAUGUUAGAUUUGAAUCUUGAUUUGGCCGUCGACAUGGUGCCACCUAAAGAUCCGUACAUUAAGGUGAGGGUCCUUGAAGAAAUCGGUGAGGUUUUGCUCAGUGAUCAAAUAGCUAACCUUGCAAUGCAUUCAAUUCUAUUUCUUAAACGAAUCGACGCAGAGAGUUUCAUUUCUCAGGGGAAAAUGGAAGAGCUUACGAGUUGACCCGGUUCUUUGGUCAACCCAGAAUUUGGCUCAUAAAAAUAUGUAUCUGGAAAUUCAGUUUAUUAGAUGCUUGACGGGCUGAUAAGUUAAGUACCGUUUUACGGAACAGGGUAUAUCAGCCAAAUGUUCGUAACGAGACAUCUUAUAUGGGCCCCACAAAAUUGUACAAGUCUUUCUACAGUUAAUGUUUAAUGUUCUGAAAUGAAUUACUAAGAUAGGGAUUACUACCGAUUUUCAUAUAUUAGGUUUUUGUUGUAUUUGGUUGUUUGGUAUACUCAAUAAGCAAGAAUAACUUCAUUGCUGCUUCUUUUUUUGA